ACAUCUUUUUUACUCGGCACCUCUGCUGCCUUACACCAGAAACACAUAUGAAUGUGCUUCUCAUGCCGGCAAAACAGCGACACCCGGGCUCCUGAUGAUGAGAGCCGACGUCAGACUGGUUUCCAUGAAUAUUGAUGUGGAGGAUAGUCUGUUUCAUAGAAGAACAGAAGGAGGCAAGAUGGCUGCCCUUUAGGAUUUGUUAAAGAGGAGAUCCAGACGGUUUGUUGGAAUUUCUACAAAGUGGAGGGACGUAAAAAGGAGGACGGACAGAGGGCAGCCCUGUGGAUGGACUCUGAGCAGGCCAGAUGGAAACAGAACAAGCCAGACAUGAGGCGGAAGAAAAUCUGAUAUUAGCACAAUUUGGCACAUCUCGCAACAUCUCUCACAAACUGCAGAAUGGAGGCCAGUCUUCAGAGGAAGAUUCUCAGCAGAUCACUGGGGACACAAGCUGGAACCAUUACAAGGCCAGCGCAGGUGCUAACUCCAUGAAGAGGCACAGGGAGAACUGCAACAGUCCUGCCUCAGUACAAGGGCUGUUCGAUCAAGGAUCCUACAUGAUGAAUGGAGAACUUAUGAAUGGAGAGUUGAAGCAUGCACUCAAUGAGCAGUCCUUACUGGCCCACCAGCCCAAGAAACUUAAAGUAGAAUCUGAGAUUAAAAGAAAUGACGAUGUGAGCUCUAGUUUGGUGGAUGGUUUUCCUGAGCUGACAAAAGCAGCUGAGUUUGAGAGCAAUGCCCCACAGACAGAACUCAAGUUAGACAAGAGGAACUGUAAUUUUCCUAAUGGAGAUAUGUUCGGUCUACCAAGGAAUAAACAUGUUUCGAUUCCAAAUGGUGCUGUAUCACCCCCCUCAACCAUAGAAAGCACUCCAGGUGAUCUUUUAGAGAAAACCUUGUCUCAGUAUUAUCCUGAGCAAGUGUCAAUCGCACCACAAACAUCUGGGCCACAGCUAGAUUCUGUCAACGGUUCACUGGGAAAUAAGCUGCCAAGUGAAGGUGCUCAACCCCAAUCUUUAACUUCAGGAUUGCCCAAUUCAGCUCAGAUGCCUAACUCACAGCAACAGAAGCCUGGGGCAUCGGGCAAUAUAGAAGGGGGCAAUCGUUAUAACUCUGUCAACUAUGUAGUGAAUGGAUACUCCAACAACUUUGAAGCAGAUCACCAGCAGCAGCAGCAGCAGCAACAACAGCAGCAGCAGCAGCGGCCACCAUCUUACUCUGAUCAGGAGCUUUCUCUAGGUCAGCUCCCUGGCAUGAUCCAGCCAACAAACACUGCCAAUAGCUCACAACAACAUCAAAAUGGCCCACAGUGCUAUCCAGAUGACACCAAUACUCAAGGUAUAUAUGAGAAUGCCAACAAAGAGUUUAACCAGAACUCUUUUCUGGAGCGAGGCGCUCCUGUACAGGCAGCAGAGACAGGUGGAUAUGCAUCCUUUCCUAACUCUGGGUUGCAGAAGAUGGGGCAAAGUGAAGAACCUAGGUCUGGUCAGCAUCAGUGCCUUGGCACUGACAGGGGCCACCAGUAUGGGAUUCAACCCCAGACCUUUAAACGCAGUGAUGGGAACUCACGUGGAGCCGACAGUACGGGACCCAUGGGCCCCAGUCUCCAGCAGCCACGUCAUGCAGGGUUAGAAAACGGGAUGGAGAAAACGCCUCAGCAGAGAUCCAACUUACCAUGUUCAACUACCCAUCAAAGAGCCUGGGUAGAGCUAAACUCUCCACAUUCCCAGCAGCAACUAGCAAGUGGCCCGUCAUCCCAGGCACAAGAGCAGGACAUGUGGAGGGGCUUCCCUGCUAAGCCUCAGUCAGAGCAGCAGACAGCUAACCCCCAGGUGCACUGCCAGAUGUUGGAGCCAAAUCCAGGGCAAAGAUUCCAGACACAGGCAGGUUUCACAGAUAGCAGCCAGGGGUCUAACAGCUUCCAGCAGCAACAGCAGGACCGCCUUCCGGCCCAAACACACUGUGCUCCAGCCCAGCACAACACUGCCCCUGAGUGGCAGCAAUCAAAUUCAAAAGCACCUCAAAUGCAGCAGCCUCCAACCCAGAAAAUGUCUGAGCAGCGUAAUUUCCACCAAGAUCAGCAGGUUGACAGCCGCUACCACACCCAGAUGCAGUCAGAGCAUUUAUGUGAAGACCCUGACCUGCAGGAUAUACUGUCACCUGGGUUUUUACCAACACAGCAACAGCAGCAACCACAGCACUGUCAUCUUCAACGUCCCCUGUCCCACCCACCACAAUUUGAAGGGCAGCCACUCAAGUCACCCGAUUACAGACCUCGCAGUCAGCCUCAGCCAGGUCAGCAGCAGAUUCAACCUAACCAGCCUCUUCGAAACAAUUCUGCUCAAUCCAACAACCAACAAAUCCAGCACAGCGACCAUGCAUUCAGUUACAAUAACGCAACGGACAUGCAACAGAUUCAACAAAAUCAAAGGCAGUUUCCACCUGACUCGGGCAGCAGUAACCUAAAGCAAUUUCAACCACAGCUGCCUAACAACCAGUGCCACCAGCCCAACCAUGCAGACUUCUCCCAGACCUCGAUGCAGUUACAACCUCACUUACGAGGAGGCGCGUUGAACCAACAGGUAUCAGCACAGCUGUAUCCUAAAGCUGAACAGCAGCUACAGAUAUCAUGCGCUCAGUUCCAAAGGGGACCUCGACUACCUCUGGCACCUGCGGGUCCCCAUGGAGACUUUGAGAGGCAUGCAGCCCUGCGCAUGCACCUGUUGCAAAGGCAGGAGCGCCAGGGCAUUCCUCAUCCCCUUCAGAGCACUAGUGACCCCACACAUGGCCUGAGAGCUGUGAAAAUGGAAAACAGCCCCAGAUUUGAGCUGCCGUGUUCACAGCAGCAAGAGCAGCAGCUACAGAUGCGAGAGAUAGGACUAGGUGGUGUGCAAAUCAAGCAGGAGAAUCAGCCAUCCCUGUGCGAGCAAAGCAAGAGGCCGGGAAACAUCUUGGCCUCCAUGGAACAAAGCCUGAGGCAGUACCAGCUUUCACCUGUGUUUGAGAAGAAAUCCCUUGUCAUCAAUCCAGCAAAUAAAGUCAAGGUGGAAUAUUCUGGGCCUGUCACAAUCCUGUCAACCAACACUGACUUGAGUGGAGUUGAAUCAGCAGCAGCUGCCCCAGUCCCUACAGCUCUAAAAAGACCACCUGAUUUCACCCCUAAGAAGGAAUACCUCUUGCAAAGCUUCAUGGACUCCCCUAUGAAGCUAUUGGAUACCCCUAUAAAGAACCUGCUGGACACCCCCAUGAAAACACAAUAUGACAUUGCAUCCUGUCACUGUGUUGAACAAAUCAGUGAGAAGGAUGAAGGCCCAUACUACACUCACUUGGGGUCUGCGCCGAGUGUUGCCGGUAUUCGGGAGGGGAUGGAGAAAAGGUCUGGUCUAACCGGUCCCGCCAUCAGGAUUGAAAAAGUAGUAUACACCGGCAAGGAAGGAAAAAGUACACAAGGGUGCCCUAUCGCCAAAUGGGUGAUUCGUCGGUCCGGUGUAGACGAAAAGCUCCUGGUGUUGGUGCGGGAACGCACUGGUCACAAAUGUGAGUCAGCCUGCAUCAUUGUAGUAAUCCUGGUCUGGGAGGGCAUCCUGCCCAGCCUAGCUGACCGCCUCUACCUCGAGCUAAGUGAAACUCUAACAAAGCAUGGAGCCCACACCCAGAGACGAUGCGCUAUCAAUGAGGAGAGGACCUGUGUAUGCCAGGGGUUAAAUCCUGAUGCCUGUGGGGCAUCUUUCUCCUUUGGCUGCUCUUGGAGCAUGUACUACAAUGGUUGCAAGUUUGCCCGCAGCAAAAUCCCAAGAAAAUUCAAGCUACUAGGAGAUGAUAUGAAAGAAGAAGAGAGACUGGAGCACAACUUUCAAAAUCUAGCAACCUUAUUGGGUCCCUUGUAUAAAACGUUGGCACCUGAAGCCUAUGGAAACCAGGUGGAACAUGAACACAGGGCACCAGAUUGCCGUCUGGGGCUCAAGGAUGGCCGUCCCUUCUCUGGGGUCACUGCUUGUCUUGACUUCUGUGCCCAUGCUCACAGAGACCUCCACAACAUGCAGGGCGGCAGCACCGUGGUGUGUACAUUAACAAGUGAGGAUAACCGAGACAUCGGACAGAUACCGGAGGAUGAGCAGCUCCACGUAUUGCCUCUUUAUAAGGCUUCAAGCACUGAUGAAUUUGGCAGUGAGGAGGGUCAGCAGGAGAAAAUAAAGUCGGGCGCCAUCCAAGUCCUCAGUGCCUUCCGCCGCCAGGUGCGCAUGCUUUCAGAGCCCGCAAAGUCAUGCCGACAAAAAAAGCUGGACGCUAAGAAGGCAGCUGCCAACAAGAAUGCCAUGCUGGACAAUGAAAAGGCAGAGAAGGCCCUCCUGGCCAAGGCAAAAGCUGGCACUUAUGAGAAUACCGCUCAGAGCACUCCUAUGGCAGGACCUAUUCACGGUGCUAUGGGAGCAAUCCUACAGUCAGGUCAGCCAACACACCCCCUUGGGGCCCAUCAUCAGCAACUUCAGCAACAACAGCACCAGAGCAUACUUCCCCCUUAUCCUGGCUCAACCAGCUACCCCAGGUUCCCCAACCACCCAGGUUCUUUUCCAAGCACUUCCAAGCCAGGCACCAUGUAUCCCCCUCAGCCACCAACUCCAGCCAGCCCUUACCCCUCCCCGCUCCACGUACCAAACUCUUACAUUAACGGAUCAAAUCAUCCAUAUCCAGGAUAUCAAUGUAACGGAGGAAUGCCCCUUGACAAUUGUCACCCAUACUAUGCUUCAAACCCAAAGCACCUGGAUAUGUAUCGACAACAGCGGCCAGCACUUUACUCCGAGCAGCAGUAUGGUGUACAUCCACGUUAUGAGGUCAAUUACCCGCCGAGGUAUGCCGAGCCAGGUUUACAGGUGAACGGUUACAAUGCCUGCAACAUGAGGCCAGUUAACCCCAUGAGACCGUACGCCCCUUAUGGUCCCAAUGGAACCUCAGACCCCCAGUUUAUGGACCCCCUCUCAAGAGCACCCUCAUCUCAAGGAGGUCUAGACUAUACAGCUGCUAUGAGCAAAGGCAAUCAGUUUGGAGGAUACCCUAAUCCUUACCUAUCUCGGAGCCCUCAAAUCUUCGCCCCGGGCCAAGAUCCUUUCCAUAUGCAAAUCAAGACAGAGAUGGGCAUGCCUCGCCCACAGAUGCAUUCUGCUCAGUUAAGCGGUGGGGGUUUCAACCCUGAAACCCAGUCAGGUUUAGGUCUGCCUAAUGGGGGCCUCAUGGGCUCUGGUAUUAAGCAGGAGCCUGGAACACCGCAGACACCCACAACCCCACAAAAGCCUGAGGUGUGGUCAGACAACGAGCACAACUUCUUGGACCCUGACAUCGGCGGUGUGGCAGUGGCACCAAGCCACGGCUCAGUCCUCAUUGAGUGUGCAAAACGGGAGCUCCACGCCACGACGCCCGUGAAAAAUCCAGACCGCACCCACCCAACACGCAUCUCCUUGGUCUUCUACCAGCACAAAAACAUGAACGAGGCCAAGCAUGGUUUGGCACUGUGGGAAGCCAAGAUGGCAGAGAAGGCUCGAGAGAAGGAGGAAGACGCGGAGAGGAAUGGUGGCGAGGGGACACCCAGCAAAGGCAAGAAGGGGGCGAAGCGUGAGCAUCCGGAGUCAGAAUCCACCGGGGAGCCUCCUUACAAGCGUUUUAUCCAGGCCCUAAUGGAGGGGUCCUUGUCGUGCACAACAAACACCUAUGUCAGUACAUCUCCGUACGCCUUCACCAAGGUCACAGGGCCCUACAGUCAGUUUGUGUAAGAAGCACUGGUGAAGAAGAACAUUGAAGGUGCUUGAUUUAUGACAAAGACCACAAGCAGCACUGGCCUCUUCUAAACACUCCUUCCUGUCUGUACGGUUAGCAACAAUGUAGAAAAAGGAACCUGUGAUCAGAUGAGAUAUAAAUCACCUUUCACAUCAGGUCUUUCACCUCGUUAACAAUCAAGCUUUACAUGUUGACCCUACUAAGGAUGUAUUUAUUUUUGUUUGACAACUUUUGCAAGAUAUACACUGUCAACAUCUCUGGUGCUCUCAGACUGAAACACAAGGACCUAUUUUUAAUGGAAACAAAUUUUCAUUUUUGGUGGCUUUAUUUUUCUUACAAAAUUGUACUCUUGGCAUAAAACACUGACUUUGUAAAUGACAACAUUCACGGUGCUAAAGUGUAUGCUUAUUAGCAUUUAUUUAAAUUCAAAUACCUUCACACUAUAACCAUAACUCACUCUACGAGUGACACCCAACGAACAGGACACUAAAAAUAUCAUCCCACAAUCAAAUGAUCAGCAUCAUAAUGGUUUUUGGAAAGUCAGUGGUUCUUAGGGCACUUUUUGAUAAUGAGAGUUAAAUGUUUUGGUAAUACCUUUAAAUCAUAAAAUCUGGUUAUACUUACUACAUUGAGAGUAAUUCAUUUAUAAGCAUCACUGAAUUUAAAUUGAUGAAUUUAUAACAGAAGAUAGUAUGAGUAAUCCAUGAAACAGAUUUCAAGUUCAUGCAAAAAGAGGUUUGGUGCUUCUUUAGCUUACCUAUGUCAUUUAUACUGUAAAUUAAGUCAUUCUUUUGGUGCAUUUCUAACAUUGAGGUAAAAAAAAAAAAAAAAAAGUAGGUUUGUUAUUUCAGUUUUUCCCCAGGUUUACUUUGUUGUCAGCGACUGUUUUUAAUGUUCCUCACCUUAGGUUCAUUGAACAAACCUGGACUGUGAAUAUUACAUGUAGUUGUUUGUCUGUGGUGCUUAGGAAAUGUGUUUUUUAUACACUGAGGAACAUGAAACAGGGUUAGCCCAGUGUCAGUUUCAGAGGGCAGCUGGCUUGCUGUGGGGUCUUUAAUUAUUGUAAUCUAACUGUAAGAUAAACAGGUGAGAUAUGUACAGUAAAUUAAUUUCCCUUUUUGGAAUUACUGUUAGAGAUUUUGGGUUGUAAAGAAUGCUAUCGGCGUAUUUCAUUGUAUUUCUUUGGGUUUAACUGAUCAUAAGGUGCUAUCCAACCUACUAGAAACAUACAAUGGGAGACUCUUUAGACAGCCGGAAGGCUUUUAAAUAAUGUACAGUACAAACCCGUCAUAUACCUCAAAACUAGUUUGGCAAUAGGAUUAUAACAUAUUUUUCUUUCUUCCUUUGUAUAUUACUUUCAAAAAAUAAUAACAGUUCAACUUCAGGCCACCAAAAGGCAUAAUAGUUCAUUUCUUACUUUCUUAUCAAUCUGCUAGAAAGUAUUACUUGAACUUGAAUCUUUGAUGUUGCUGUAAAAUCAGGGACAGUUUCAACUAAUUCUGUGUUCAUCGCCUGUACUCAUCCGGUAUGUCUCUCAUUCAGGUUCUUGCCAUUGCAUCCUGAAUCUGAUUCUUAUCGACUUCACAAAGAGAAAAAAAAUAUUCUGUGAGGAUGAAGAUACUUUCAUGCAGUUUUUUUUACUUAUAUUUUAAGGUAAUCUUUUAAAAGUAAUUUGAACAUAUAUGCACUGAGUUGACUAAAGGGAAAGUAUGAUAUUGACUAAGUAAAAAGCAAUGUAUUUGCUUUUGCUGAGACAAGACCAGGGCAGUGAUUAACGUAGUUGCACAUCUUUGUGCCUGUGUAUAGUUAAAUUUAUUUAUAACCACUAAGCAAUUGUAUAAUGAUUUUUCCUCCCUGUCUAUUUGAUUUAAUUAACGCGAUAUAUAGUGGAAUGUCAUGUUACAGUAACAACUUACCCCACUCUUCAACAGAUUCAUUUUCUGAAAGCACUUCAUUUCUUUUUCAGGAAAAAAAAAUGUAAUAAAGAAUUACAAAACGUUUUAUUUAAAUAGAUUGUAAAUGUGUUUAAAACAAAUAAAUUAUGUCACAUUGUACAUACCAGGAACCUGUAUUGCAGGAAUACAACUCAUUCUUUGAUGUUGAUGUAGGUUCUUCUUGUUCUGUCAAAUUGACCCACAGCUCCCCCAUCAGCGAUACUCAACAUAUCUUUAAAUAUCCUUUCAGGUUAUCAGAAUGAUCAUGGUUAGAUUUAGCCAGGAAGUCUGUAAAUGUAUGCUCACUGUCACAGCAAUGUUUACAGUUACAGCAUACUGUUUGCGCAGACGUUAGACGUUCUAGUUUUUUUUAACUGUUCCAAUUUUGUAAAAUAAUUCGACAUAAGACAUUUGGUUGUACAGGACCCAGCUACAGUAGCAGGUUGUGGUUGAGAAAGCAGAGGAGUCUAAGAUAUAGCGGGUUCAGAGCAUAGCCAUACUUGAAGAUGCUUCAGAGUGUUUCUGAGAGAGUCAACAUUACUUGAAUGACUUCUGGUCUGAACUAGUGCGCUGCAUGGGCUCGGCUCAAAGGUUAAGCUAGCAGUUGAUACACACUUGGUCUUUUUGCAGUUAGACACUAAGGGUAAAAUAAAGUGCAACUUUUUGCCUGUCAUUUUAUUUUUUAAGGCUUCCCUUGUUCUCCUGAAGUUUGGUAUGCUGCAAAUGGAAUUCAGGAUGGGUAUUAAUACUGUAAGUAUUGUAAUGUAAUGGAUGCAGUUUAUUUGAAAGCUGUUUAUUAUAUCAUUCCUGAUAUUGCUGAGAUGUGGGUGUUUUUUUAAUAAAAUUUAUAUUUAUUUAAAGCAA